GCGGGGCGACAGGCACCGGGCCCCCAGGCGGAGCGGCGGGCGCCGGACCCCCAGGCGGAACUACAGGUCUCGGGCCCUCAGGCGGAGCGGCGGGCGCCGGACCCCCAGGCGGGGCGACAGGCCUCGGGCCCCCAGGCGGAGCGGCGGGCGCCGGACCCCCAGGCGGAGCGGCGGGCGCCGGACCCCCAGGCGGAACUACAGGUCUCGGGCCCUCAGGCGGAGCGGCGGGCAUCGGACCCCCAGGCGGGGCGACGGGCAUCGGACCCCCAGGCGGGGCGACGGGCAUCGGACCCCAGGCGGGGCGACGGGCAUCGGACCCCCAGGCGGGGCGACGGGCAUCGGACCCCCAGGCGGGGCGACGGGCCU